AUGCCUCGUAAAUUUUGUAUCAAUAAAAAGUCGCGAAAUUGCCUAAAACGUCUAAAAUCGAUAGAUAGAUACCAUUCAACGAUAGUAUAUGGAAUGUUGCAUGAAUUAUUACUUGCAUUAUACGGUAUAUCUGGUGGCAUUUUCAUUGAAUCUACAGAGAAAGGUGGUGAUAAUGAUGACACAGAAUUGGAUAGACAUUUAAUACCUCUGGUGAAUGAUAAUCUUCUCCUUCCUGAAAGUGAACUUAGUCUACAAAGAGAACUAUUAAAACUAGGCUCAUGUUAUAAUUAUUUAAUCAAGUUUAUUGAAAAAUUUUCAGAGCCUAAUUAUGGCUUGUAUUUAUCAGCUUUCGCCUUUGGAAUUGAUGAUUCACUUAAAGAAUACCGAGCAGAUUUAUGUACACUGGAGACUGAACUAUCGACAGAUAAAUCUAUGGGUGUUUCACACUUAUCUUGUCGCCUACAUGCUUACAAGAUUUUGCUACCUGUACUUGUAAAAGUCACAAAAAAAGUUGAAAGUGUUGUUAUUAAUCCUGAAAUGAUGAAGCAUACUAAUUCAUCAAGUUGUCGACUUCUAGAUGUUAUAUUAUCUGCAACACCUCCUGGUCUUCCUGGUCCACGAUAUGUUAUGCGUAAGGUGGUAUCGCGUGUUAUGCAAGUAUUCUGUCGACAACUGUCUUCAUGGCUUAUCUACGGUGUUCUUUAUGAUCCUUAUUCAGAGUUCUUCAUCAAAAAACUUGAGUCUAAUCAUAUUUCAGAUGAGAAGAAGAAACAACAACCAUUGUUUGUGAUAGAUAAUCACUGCAUUCCUUCAUUUUUGCCUACAUCAUUUGCUCAAAGAGUAUUUGAAACUGGCCAGGCUGUUUAUUCUGCUAGUCUUAAUCCUUCAGAGGCGUCAUUUAUCUUGGAGUUGGAAAAAGUGUAUAUUCCACGGUUUACAGAAAUAUCAACCUGUUUAGGUGAAGAUGUCAACGGGAUCCAGUCAACUGAAAACAGUUUGAGUAACUUGAUAAAUGUCAAUGAAAUUGACAGUCUUGUAUGUGAUAUCAAAAGUGUUGUUUUACAUCAUGUUUGGUGUAGUGUAAUACAACAGCAUAAAUUUAUUGAUUAUCUUCGCCUGUUUAAAGAUGUACUACUCUUGGGACGUGGUGAACUGUUUCUUGCAUUUCUUGAUCAGCUGAAUUUUAAGAGUAAUAGUUUUAACAAUAAUAAUUACAAUAAUAAUAAUAGUAGUAGCUGUAGCAGUAGUCCACGAAGUUCAAUCCACUGGGGAGAGUUUGGAGAUAAUCUGCUAGAUCAGACACCGCCAACAAAUGAAAAUGAAGUGGAAGCUCUUGAAUAUGAUAUUACUCAGGCGUUUCUUGCAGCAGCAGCACGUUGUCUAGGCUUAGACGAUGAAGAAUUAGACGAUCAAUUUAGAAUUUUUAUAAAAUUGAAAACCACAUCUCAACAAGAUCCCGCAACAACAACCACAACAACAGCGAACCCUACAACUGAUCUAACAGUUUUAGACUGCUUAUACUUACACAUUAAUAUUCCAUCAGCCCUCGAUUGUCUAUUCUCUACACAAAUAUGUCAUGCUUACAAUAGGCUGUUUCACUUUCUCUUCUCUAUACGUCGAACACAAUUAAAACUACAACAGUAUUGGGCUGAUCAAAUUCUUCUAUGGCGUCGUGCUAGAUCUUCAGCGUAUUAUAAGACGAAGAAGGGGCCAGGGAGGAAUGCUGAUGAUGAUAAUAAUAUAACAAUGUCAAAUAGUAAUUUUGUUCAUUUACAAUUGAGAAUAGGUCGGCGUUUAUUAGUUCGUAAUCAUAUGGCAUUUAUUAUUGAAAAUUUAUUAUACUACUUACAAAGAUUGAACGCCAAUGACACUUACUACAUGGCUGCAGAAAGUUUGGAACGCAAAGUCAAACUACUAGAAGCCAUUGUCUGCUAUUUAAACUUGAGCAUGAUUGAUAUUAAUGAAUCGUAG